AUGAAUACUGCCACAGCCGUCACCGGGCAUAGCAAUGCUUCAUCUGUAUCUGUGUCUGUCCCAGCCAAUGCCCCAAUGCGCCAAAGGAACAACAGUAGCCAAGGCUGGAUCGUCCAAAAGUUUGGCGGGACAAGCGUGGGGAAAUUUGCUGUCAAUAUUGCAGAGGACAUUGUACGGGCGAGUUUAAAGGACAAUAAAAUUGCAGUUGUCUGCUCUGCAAGAAGCACCGGCAAGAAAGUCGAAGGUACAACAAGUCGUUUACUCGAAAUCUAUGGCGUCCUCGAAUCCGUCAAUUCCCUCAAAGACACAGAAUCUAUUCAAUACGAAAGCCUGGUAACGGAAUACGAAAGCCUGGUCCAUGUCAUUUCCGAAGACCAUGUCUCCGCAGCCCAGUCGCAUAUCCAAGACGAGCGCAUACGACUGGAACUCACAAAAGAAAUUCAAGCCGAAUGCAAUGAACUCAUAGACUACCGACUAGCUGCGGAGAGAUGGCGUUUAGAGAUAGAUUCGAGGUCCAAGGAUCGCAUUGUAAGCUUUGGAGAAAAGCUUAGCUGUCGCUUCCUUGCAGCUUUACUCCAAGAUCGGGGGGUUGACUCCGAGUACGUUGACCUUUCAGAUGUCGUGCAUUUCAAGACCUCCAAGGGGAUAGACUUAGAAUUCUACAAAGAAAUGUCUCUUGCUCUUACGGAAAAGGUGUUGGCUUGCGAAGAGAGAGUGCCGGUCAUCACAGGUUAUUUUGGCACUGUUCCAGGUGGCUUGAUGGACGGGGAGAUUGGAAGAGGCUAUACAGACUUGUGCGCUGCACUGGUAGCAGUUGGGCUUGAAGCAGAAGAGCUGCAAGUCUGGAAGGAGGUCGAUGGUAUCUUUACAGCGGAUCCCACUAAAGUACCUACAGCAAGACUUCUUCCUACCAUCACUCCCUCGGAAGCGGCAGAAUUGACUUUCUACGGAUCUGAAGUCAUUCACCACCUUACCAUGGACCAAGUCAUCCAUGCAACACCUCCAAUAAGAAUACGGAUUAAGAACGUCAAGAAUCCCCGAGGCAACGGCACGAUUGUACUCCCUGACCCAGCGCUCGGGACUGGCCAGCUUUCACAUUCAAGAAGCACAAGUUCAUUAAAUGCAAGGAAAACGCCGAGGCGACCAACAGCAGUUACUAUCAAGGACAAAAUUUCCGUCAUCAACGUUCACUCGAAUAAGCGAUCCAUCUCUCAUGGUUUCUUUGCAAAAGUCUUCUCUAUACUCGACAAGCGGCAGUUAUCUGUAGACCUCAUUUCCACCAGCGAGGUCCACGUUUCCAUGGCCAUCCACUCCGCUAAUAUCGCAGAUGACGAGCUCCUAAGAGCAAAAGGCGAACUGGAGCAAGUGGGAGACGUAAGCAUCCUGAAUAACAUGGCCAUUCUCUCUUUAGUGGGCGCAGAAAUGAAAAACAUGAUUGGAAUCGCCGGUAGAAUGUUCUCUACAUUGGGAGAAAAUAACGUGAAUAUUGAAAUGAUAUCUCAAGGGGCGAGCGAAAUAAAUAUAUCCUGCGUUAUAGAUGGAUAUGAGGCGACGAGAGCUAUGAACAUACUGCACACGAAUCUUUUUACUUUUCUCGAAUAA